ACCCAACAAUCCCUCAUCACCUCUCAUACCAUUUGCAAUGGCUUCUUGGGCAUCACAACUUGGACAGAAGAUCUCCAGCAAGGAGUUCAGGCAAUACCUCAUGAGCACUCACUUCUGGGGUCCUGUCGCGAACUGGGGUCUUCCUCUCGCUGCCAUUGCUGAUUUUAAGAAGGAUCCUGAGCUUAUCUCUGGCAAUAUGACCGUGGCCCUGUCAGUGUACUCUAUGCUGUUCAUGCGCUUCGCCUGGAUGGUUCAGCCUCGCAACUACUUGCUUUUUGCAUGCCACGCUACCAAUGAAUGUGCCCAGCUGGUCCAAGGAUACCGCUUCCUCCAACAUCACCACUUUGGAGCAAACAAGAAGAUCGAGAGUGUUGUUGAGCAGAAUCUCAAAGUCCCAUUGGAGCCCAAGGCUUAAAUGAUGAAAAACUGGAGUCGCCGGAUGUCAAUACAGCGUAGUGGUUGGUUCUUUUUGCCAUUUAGACGUCUAAAAUAAAGACGAAUAGUGACCAACAGA